GGUGAUCCAGUACGACACAAAUUAGACUCUGAAAAAUGUUCCUGCACGCAGUUGCACAGCCAUUGAUGGCCAAAGUGAAGGAGACGACAGGGAUUGUGGGCCUGGAUGUGGUGCCGAACGCGCGAGAGGUUCUGGUCGGCCUCUGCACUAAAACCCUGAAGGAGGUCCAGGCCGUCCCUGAGGAUGAAGGCUACCGUAAGGCCGUGGAGAGCUUCAGAAGGCAGAGGCUCAAAGUUUGCGAGGAAGAGGAGGAUUGGGAGAUGAUCGAGAAGCGCCUUGGCUGUGGCCAGGCUGAGGAGCUCAUCGAAGAGGCUCAGGAUGAGCUCACACUCAUUGGCAAAAUGAUCGAGUGGAAUCCAUGGGGUGUCCCAGAUGAUUAUGAAUGUGAAGUUGUUGAGAAUGAUGCGUCAAUUCCUAAGCAUAUUCCUUACCAUCGACCUCCUCCUCUCCCUGAAGAAUUUUUCAAGACGCUAGAGGCUGCUUCAUCUCAACCCAAAAGGGAUACUCCUGCGGUCAGCUAAGGUGAAUCAACCUCAAAGGCAUGCACAGCUAUAUGCUAAGCAGUUCUUUGGUCUGUCGAUUAACUUGAUCAAAAGGAAAUCACAAGAAAAUUCCUUGUCUCUUUACUUUGUUUCAUAUGGGCGCGAUUAG